GGCCACUCAAAGUUAAACUUGCAUACUUUUUGACCAUUUCCACUCUUCAAGAAAGUAUCGACGAUACUCCGCAGGUAUUAAUUCUCGCUCCUAAAUCCGAAAUCCUAAAUCCUAAAUCUUAAUCUUAAUCCUUAAUCCAUAAUCCGUUCAUUAAUGCUAAAAUACCGGUACCCCAAAAUGCUGAUUCCACCCAUUCCAAUCCAAUCCAACCCCCUCCCCUCCUCUCCCCCACUUCGUCCAAAUCAUAGUUUUGAACCCUUUUCACAGUAUUUCGAGGGAAUGGAUAUAAAGAAAAGGGACCCGGAAAGAGAGAAAAAAGAACACCACCAAUGUCAAGAAGCACAAAGUAAUUCUUUGUGUUACAAUCCUCCAAGCCUCGAGUCAUACAUCUUCUGAGGGAAACGCUGAAAGGAUACUUACUACGUCGAAAUGAUGUUGUCUCCUGAACAUGAGGAAGAGCUGAGGAAGCUGAAAGAGCUUCAAGCCUUGUAUGCAGAACAUGCGGCCGUGAGGGAUCAACAAAUGCAGCAAAGUGGAAGUCCAAGACCAGAUAGUAGAGAUUCUGCUUCUUCCGAUCCUAUGAUAUAUCCAGGCUUGUAUUCUCCAAGUGGUUUCGACGUGUUACAAAUUCUGUUUCAAAUCCAACGUCGUCCAAAUCCAACAUAUCCCCUGGGAAAUAUCGAUAGCGGUGUGGCUCUCGUCCUGUGCGAUUCCGCUCGUCCUCACUGUCCCAUCGUCUACUGCAGUGAACCUUUCCAACGCCUCACCGGUUAUUCCCAAGCCGAAAUCAUUGGCAAGAAUUGCAGAUUCCUCCAACAACCUUUCAAUCCAAACACCUUUGAUUAUCUCGGCAAUGCACCAACGAUGAAGGGCAUCCAAAAUCCCAAAACCGAUCCUAACGCCAUGGCGAAAUUAACCAUUCGAAACGCGCUCGAGUGUGGCUUGGAAUCACAGGUCACUCUUAUCAAUUAUCGAAAGAAUGGAGAGCAAUUCUUGAAUGUUUUGACGACGGUGCCGCUUAGAUGGACGACGAUGGAGGGAGAAGAGAAGAAUUAUAUUGUGGGAUUCCAAGCGCAAGCUCCACCGAUGUACAGGCACCGUUCCGCUUGAGUUUUGUGACGGGCGAGUUACAUGGGUCUUUCCCCCUUUGAUGAUUCAACGAUAUCUUCUCGGAUGUUAUUCACGUGGCGAUUAAUUAAUGGUGGUGUGGAGUGGAACUUUUUUUUUUAUAAUGAAUAUACGGAAUUGGAUGAUACCCCUCAAAUUUCUUGGAUGGGAUUUGAGCAUUAUUAGAUGGUCAUUCAGCGAUCGGGACAUGGAGUACUGGGAAUUGCUAGGGCUGUCAGAUAUACAUAUGGGAUGGGAUGGGAUGGGAUAGCAUGGCGCUGGUGGUUUGAUUGAUUACUUAUUUGAGUAUGUUUGGGAGAUUAUUCUUUGAGAAUAUCGAAUAACGUUUGAUGAUGGGGGCGAGGGGGUGAGGGGGUGAGGGGGUGCAUGGGAAAGAAGCUGGUUACCUCGCAGAGGGAUAACCUCCUAGAAUGAUUAGGAUGAUUAAGUAUCUAAUCCGCAAUUACAAAAUAACAGUAACAAAAGUUUGAAGUGUGCA